UUCAUAAGUAUAGUUAAUAACUAAUAUCAUUAAUAACUGAUUAAUAAUACCGCUGAAGCAAUUCAUUAGAAUAAAAAUAGCAGUAAGUGCUUUAAAACGAAUGAGUAAUUACAUAAACUCAUAAAAUAUUAAUGUCAUACAUGAUGAUUGAAGGGUACAAUCAUUUGUCUACUCAGACACCCUUCGCGACCUCAUUUCUGUUACCAAAUAUAACGGUGUAAAAUGCAGCAAAAAUUGUUCCGUAAACGUGGAAAUACAAGUAAUUAUAACUUUAAUUUACUAUGCAAACGUAUCAUAUUUUAUGGGCUAUUAUCCGUUUUUAAAUUGCUCGGAUUAUCACCUUGGAAAGUUAAUUUGUACAAAAUAUUAACUGAAAAUCAAGACAAUAAUCAAGUGGAUCUAUUUAAAGCAUCAAAAUAUGGAAGCUUUUACAACAUUUUAUUGGCAACCGUUUUAUCUACUUACUGUGCAAUGGUAUUAUCAUUAAAACUAUACUCGCAGACUUACGUGAAAUCAGAAUUGGUCGACAAGAUCGAUGAAUGUCUGAUGUUUUAUGGAACUUUAGUCCUCGUUGUAAUCUGGCUGAGUUAUGUCUUGCAGCAGAAAAAAAUGAUAAUUAUCAUUAACGGAUUGUACAGUAUUAAUAACAAUUUGAAAAGUUGUGAUAGAUUUACCUUCAAAAGUGAUUGUCGGUUCUAUAUUCUUUCUGUAAUCAAUUUUUGUCUGUGCUUCGGUAUUAUCGUGACUGAAUGUUCAGUUUCCGGAUUGUAUACAGCUAUUUUGUGGAUUGGACCAUUUUUCACCAGUAGUUGGGUUUUAAUGCAAUACACACUUCUAUUGAACGUCAUUUCUCAAUUUUUUGAAAGCAUUAAUCUCAAAAUUCUUCAACUCGCCGAUAUAAAUACAGAAAAUUAUUAUCAAACAGCGCUUCGUUCAAAAGUUUCGCUACGUGAUUUGGCUAUCAAGGAUAUCAAUUGUAUCAGUAAUGCGAUCAUGCAAUUAUGUGACAUUUGUGAUCAGGUCGCGGACUUUUAUGCGAUCCCAAUACUUCUGAUUAUUGUCUAUUUUAUAACAUCUACAACAUUUAAUUCAUAUUUUAUAAUUUUAUCACUAAUCAUUACAACUGACAAUGAUUUAUUGAAACUUUCUUUGGACUUUGGAAAUUGGUUUUUAAUCGUAUCCUUUGAAAUGAUUUCUCUUGCUUCAAAUGUCACCAGGAUCACACGAGAAUUUAAGAAAACUCCCCAGUAUGUUUCUUUGCUUCUAAAUCGAUGCGCAAUGAAUUCACCUACUAAAGAAUCACUAUUGGACUUCCUACGUGAUCUAUCUUACAGAAAUGUCAAUUUCAAUGCUUACGGAGUAAUUGCACUUAAUGGUUCUCUUUUGCAAACGAUUUACGGAACUAUUGUUACUUAUCUAAUUAUUCUUAUUCAGUUUCGUAACCAGCAAUAAAUUAUCAAUUAUUUUUUUGAGGUACCAUUUCUAUAUAGAUUCAAGAAAAAAUGCAUUCUUGCAUUUAUCAUAAUAACCGUUAUGUAUAGUUUGUAUUUUAUAAUUGUGCUUUUAAUUAAAUAC